AUGCCGUCAUUCGCUUUCUGGAAGAGCACCAAAGCCGACCCCUCAAACGCACCGCUGCUUACCGAAGGUGUAACAACGGAAAAACCUAGUACCUUCAUUCCUUUGGUACCCAAGAACCUUGACCUGAAUCCAGACGGCGAAGAUUCCGGUGUUUUCCUUUUCGACGACGAAGCCCAGCCACUACGAUCGCCACAACUUGACCAAGUAUCGGAGGCUGAGCCGCUCGUAACAUCUCCAUCUGUUCUCGAAGAAGAAAGUUUGAUUCGAGGGUCUGAGCAGGAAGUUCAAGUCCCAGUUAAGAAUUACUCGAAGAAGUUAGUUUCCGUCGACAACAAUGAUCCACCAGCGCCACCACCCAAAUCGUCACCAUUGAGCCAGCCUCAAUGUACUGCUACAAAGGUCGAGCCGUACAUCGCCAUCGAAGACGAGCCGGAAAUAUUCCAGCCGGCUCAAGACACUGCUCUACAGCAAUCGGAGCCUGUACCUGCCUCUCUUAAGCAACCCAUCAACCAAGAGACGCCCCUGAAACGACCAGUAUGGUCCGCAACGGACACAACCACGACUCAAUCCCGCGACCGAGACUCUGGUGUGUACGUCUCAGAUGACGAUAGUCUACCACCACAAUCGCGGCCCACAUCCCUUGCUCUAGGCGAUUUCAACCAGCGAUCAAGAAACGCAUCCGUCUCUUCAAAGCAUCCCGCUUUAACAUCGACUUCUUCACCUCGACAACGUACAGACUCAAUCGCACGUCUGAAGCGACCUGCAGAGCUGAACCUAGGAGCAAACCCGGUAUCCGAUUCGUCGAAGCCAAGGUCCGAGCUCGAAAAGCGUUACGAUUUGAUUCGUAAUUCGAAGACACAAUCGAAGGCUGCUUUGCGAUCCCCCACAACACUACUACAAGAGCGGCUCAACAUGCCGACGAAGAGGGAAAGGGUUGGAGAAGAGAAGACGCGCGUGUUCACACCACCACGGCAGACGACAAAUGGCUGCUGGUUGCCAGGUCCGGGCGCGCAGGUGGAUGCUUUCACCAGCACAUCAGUUCGUGCACGAACGGAAGCCGGAGGUCGGCCAGCGUGGUGGUGCAAGGUCGACAAGCUCGUUGUCUUCGAUGGCAUUGAUGACGGUAGCGAUGGGAAUAUGAAGAUACAUACUCGCACAAGCAAGGGUCUUAGCAUUGCACGUCGACGUGGCGACAUGGAAACGAUCGUCAUUCCAAUGGAUUGCGCACACUGUCAAGAGAUGCUGAACCGACAUGAGUGGAAGUACGACAUGCGCGUAUGUAAGAGAAGUGUAUGCUGGGAUUGUAAAGAGAGGUGCAAAUGGGAAUUGACACAAGAGAAGCUUGCGUCUGAGGGAACAGCGGGCAAAGCGGAUGGCAACAGAUAUCGCGCGGACAGUGUUUUGCAAGACGAAGAGCAAGGAGAGGAGCAUAUGAUGCAAAAGGUUGGUAUUGAGCAAGAUCGACCAAUGAGUCCGAUUGAGGUCAUGGGUGGCAUUGAAGAAAGACUAAGAGAGUAA